GUGUCAGAAAUCAGUUUCAUUUGGCAUGCCCAUCGAUCGGUUUGCCAAGAUCAAGCGCAGGAGAAGUUCGAAAUAGGAUCUAAUACCAGAAAUAUUGGCGGCAUACCUUUUAUGCCCGGUGAGAGCACGGACGGAGGAGUUAAAGAUCGAGCAGGAUGAGCCUGAUCAAAUUGGGUCUGGCCCUGCUGCUCCUGGUAGUCACCGUGUCGCAGUUGCUGCAGCCAGUCCAGGCACGCAGCAGGGUGUGCGGCGAGUCCUUGAUUAGGGAACUGGAAUCGAUUUGUCGUAAUGGCUUUGCACGCAGGCUCAGGCGGAGCACUGUGCCGAAGGAUAGAGUGCGAACCCUUCUCCGUAAGCUCCAGCGACCUGAAGAGGAUUCGGAAACGGAAAGGGAAAGGGAAACGGAAAUGGCUAAGAAGCCACCGGUUGAGGGAAGAGGACGCAGGUUGAAACGUCAUCGGCGCCGCAUUGCCCACGAGUGUUGCAAGGAGGGCUGCACCUAUGAGGAUAUGUUGGACUACUGCGCCUGAUGACCAGAUACUAGAGACCAAUUACCAGAUCCCAGAUGAUGAUCCGACAUGGCUGAGUUUUUGUGGCGGCAGGGGGCAGAUUGGCACGAUUGGACAAUACCCAGAGGCACCCGAAAGGCAGGCUUUUUGCAAUUCAUUUUCCUACACUUAACCCUAACUAUAAACGUAAUCGUACUCCCAAAUAUUUCAUUGUAAAAUUCCUAGUGGAAGCAAAUAAAGUUAAUCUCCAAGCAGCAGCAGCAACAAAAAAUAAAAA